AGCUCCAGGCAAGGAGACUGCGUGCUGUUUCCCUGCUGUUAGGUGCCACCAGCUCCUCACCCUUCCAAAUGUGUGUUGGUCACACCAGCAGCUGACAGACCAAUGUGUCAUUAGCCCCUCCCCAGAGUCCCCCAAUUAUCCCGCUGCCUCAUGCCUAGUGGGGAGAAGGCAGAGGAGGGGAGAUUCCUUUUCCAGACAUUUUAGCAUUACCUAGUGGACAAGCACUGUAGUCAGUCCCCAGGUAUUGCUAAACAGGGGUCACCAUGGAGACACUGGUCAGUGUCUGACAGUCCUGCUGCUCUUUCCUGGAGCGGCCACGACCUGUGGGACGGAGGGAGGUAAGGGUGGCAAAGGGGAGCACACCAAGGACUCUGCUUCCAGCUGGAAAGACCAGCCUCCGGCAGGUCUGAACUGAGAGAGAGCGCUGCUAGCCUCCCUGCCUCCAGACCCGUUGGUGGAGGCAGGGCUACGACAGGCCUGAGUUUGUGGCAGAUUCCCCCUGUCCAGCUCCCUAAGGACACACACUGCACGAGAGCGGCCUCGAGUCUUUUCCGCCUUCGAGGUCUCAGCAGCUUUUUUCCCCAAGCCCAGAGGACAGGGGUGGCCCUGACUCAGGGGCCCUCUUCCGGGUUGGGGUCCGCGCGCGCCCUCCCUAGACCGCAACCCACAGGGGCUCCCGCCUGUCUCCCCGCCCCCGGCGUGGGCCCGCCCCCGCGCCUGUGUCACGGCGGGGCCGGGGGAGGAGAGCUGCCGGGCGGGACAUCCGGCCCAGGUCCCUCGCCGCGCCCGCCGCCUGCAGCCCACCGCCCGCUUCGGCGCCGCAGCCUGGGAGCCAGCCACCUCUGCACACGCCGGGGCCGCCCCCUGCCCUCUCCUCCCCAACUCCCUCACCGUUCAGACCCUCCUCCCGCCCCCAGCCCGAGCCCGCCUCCCAGGCCGCCCUCAAAUCGGCCGGGCCCGCGCAGGCCCCCACCCCGGGAGCACCAUGUUCCCCCGCCCGCUGACCCCGCUGGCAGCCCCAAAUGGCGCCGAGCCCCUGGGCCGGGCGCUGAGGCGGGCCCCUCUGGGCAAGGCCCGGGCAGGGCUUGGGGGGCCGCCCCUGCUGCUGCCGUCCAUGCUGAUGUUCGCGGUGAUAGUGGCCUCCAGCGGGCUGCUGUUCGUGAUCGAGCGGGGCAUCCUGGCCGAGAUGAAGCCCCUGCCCCUGCACCCCCCCGGCCGCGAGGGCGCAGCCUGGCGCGGGACAGCCCCCAAGCCUGGGGGCCUGUCCCUGAGUGCUGGGGACUCGGACCUGCAAGUGCGGCAGGACGUCCGGAACAGGACCCUGAGGACUGUUUGCAGACAGCCGGGCAUGCCCCGGGACCCUUGGGACUUGCCGGUGGGGCAGCGGCGCACUCUGCUGCGCCACAUCCUCGUGAGUGACCGCUACCGCUUCCUCUACUGCUACGUGCCCAAGGUGGCCUGCUCUAACUGGAAGCGGGUGCUGAAGGUGCUGGCAGGCGUCCUGGACAGCGUGGACGUCCGCCUCAAGAUGGACCACCGCAGUGACCUGGUGUUCCUGGCAGACCUGAGGCCUGAGGAGAUUCGCUACCGCUUGCAGCACUACUUCAAGUUCCUGUUUGUGCGGGACCCCUUGGAACGCCUCCUCUCUGCCUACCGCAACAAGUUUGGAGAGAUCCGAGAGUACCAGCAGCGCUAUGGGGCCGAGAUCGUGAGGCGGUACAGGGCUGGAGCAGGGCCCAGCCCUGCAGGCGACGAUGUUACAUUCCCCGAGUUCCUGAGAUACCUGGUGGACGAGGACCCUGAGCGCAUGAAUGAGCAUUGGAUGCCCGUGUACCACCUGUGCCAGCCUUGUGCUGUGCACUAUGACUUUGUGGGAUCCUAUGAGAGGCUUGAGGCCGAUGCCAACCAGGUGCUGGAGUGGGUGCGGGCACCACCCCACGUCCGAUUUCCAGCUCGCCAGGCCUGGUACCGGCCAGCCAGCCCUGAAAGCCUGCAUUACCACUUGUGCAGUGCCCCACGCGCCCUGCUGCAGGAUGUGCUACCUAAGUAUAUCCUGGACUUCUCCCUUUUUGCCUACCCACUGCCUAAUGUCACCAAGGAGGCGUGUCAGCAGUGACCAUGGAUGUGGGGCCAGCAGCUGGUGGGGACUGGUUUCAACGCCAGCUUUCUGUGCUUCUGCCUGUCAUUCAGAGAAACCCUGGCCCUGGGGCUUGGGGCUUCUCAGGAUGCCUGGAUGGCAGAGACUGCCCUCGGAAGUUCCUUAUCCAGGGUGGGUGCCCACAGUGGCUCAGAGGACAGGGCUAGUCAGGAGGCCUGCUGCUCCUCACUGGGAGGAUCUCUUAGAGGGUAGACACCAGUCUGCCAGUGAAGCAACAUAUCUGAUCUAAAGACUGGCUCCAGACCCCAGGCUGCCAGGAUUAUGCAGUCCACUCAGUCUACCUUAAUUUAACCUGUGGCCAAACUCAGAGAUGGUACCAGCCAGAAGCAAGCAGGACCAGAGCCAGUCACCCUGUGGCUCUGAUCCCCCAUUUAUCCAUCCCAUGUGCCUCAGGACUGGAGUGAGCAAUCCUACCUUAUAAAUGACUUUUGUGCCUUUCUGCUCCAGACUCAAAAUUUCCUACACCUGCCAGUUCUUUCCAUUUUUCCAAGGAAAGGAAAACGGAAGCAGGGUCCUUGCCUGGUAGCUCCAGGACCCAGCUCUGCAGGCACCCAAAGACCCCCUGUGCCUAGCCUCUUCCUUGACUUCUAGGAACGUCCUCCCUAAUCCUUCCUUCCCCACAACGCCUUUGAGGUUGUAACUGUGGCUGGUAUAUCUGGCUGCCAUUUUACUGAUGCAUUUAUUUAAAAUUUGUAUGUUUUGUUAGAACCCUUGUAAGGGCUUUGUUUUCCUAAUAGCUGACUUUUUAAUAAAGCAGUUUUAUAUAUAA